CAAAGAUCAUUCGAUAGCGCUAACAAUGAAAUUCGCUUAUUUAUUCGUAGUCUUUGUCGCGCUUCUAUUAGCCCGUAAAAGUGAAAAUGCUCGGAUUUUGGGCGUUUUUCCCACUCCAUCCAUCAGUCAUCAAGUGGUAUUUCAUGCACUUGUGAAGGAUUUAGCUGCAAGAGGCCACCACCUGACAGUUCUGACGACCGAUUCGUUAAAAAUUGAUAAUCCAAAUGUUACUGAAAUCAACCUUCACGAUUCCUACGAAGUGUUUACUAAAGGAUUAAAUUUUGUGGAUUAUAAAGAAAGUGGAGGCAAUGAAGACAACAUUUUAGCAGCUUUUAUGCCAGUUUUAAUGAAUGUUGUUGAUCAACAACUGAGUCAUCCAGAUGUUAAAAAAAUUAUCGAGAAGAAGGAGAAUCAAGCGUUCGAUGUUGUUAUCGUUGAAAAUCUGGUUUACUGGUCUACACUUGCUUUCGCUGAAAUUUAUGAUUGUCCCAUCAUUGGCAUCACAUCAUUGGACACAAUGAGCUUUCUGCACGAAGCUAUUGGUAAUGAAGCGAAUCCCGAAAUCCCGAAAUUUUCUUUCCAUACACCCAUGGUCAGUUGACAUUUGCAGAGAGAUGGAAGAGUUUAAAAUAUUACUUGCGCUAUAAAUUGUUUUCACACGAUGCCUAUGAAAGGGACUAUACGGCACAGAUUCGUAAACAUUUUCCAACUGUGACAGAAUCAAUAGAACGUUUGAACGAGCGGAUUCAGCUGAUUAUGACUAAUACACAUCCAGCCAUGGGAUUUAUCAGACCGAUUUUGCCAAACACAAUUCAAUUAGGAUUUUUGCACAUCGAACCACCGUCACCUCUACCACAUAGUGAUUUGAAAACAUUUUUGGACAAUGCGAAGAAUGGUGUGAUUUACAUGAGCCUAGGGUCAAAUGUAAAAUCGAAAGAUUUGAGUUCCAAAAUCUUAGCAAUAUUCAUGAACGUAUUCGGUAAUUCGACCUACGAUGUGCUGUGGAAAUUUGAAGCUGAUAAUUUACCAAAUAAACCGCCCAAUGUAUUCAUAUCCAAGUGGCUACCACAAUCCGAUCUACUCGCACAUCCAUCAAUUAAACUCUUUAUUACCCAAGGUGGUCAACAAAGUAUGGAAGAAGCUAUCGAUCGAACCGUACCAAUGAUUGUGAUUCCGUUUCUCGGUGAUCAGGACGCCAACGCUAAGAGAAUGGUUCAAAAGGGCAUCGGUUUCCAUUUGGAGCUGAAUACGUUGACGGAAUCAAAGCUACUUGGAGCCAUCACAGAAAUGCUGAAGCCCAUUUACAAGCAAAACGUUCAAACGCUAAAAGAACUUGUCAACGAUCAACCGAUGACCAGCAGGGAAAAGGCGGUUUGGUGGACUGAGUAUGUUAUUCGACAUAAGGGUGCAAAGCAUUUGGAAUAUCCUGGACGAGCCGUGCCUUUUUAUCAAAAAUAUUGUUUAGACUUUAUUUCGAUAGCUUUGUGUUCUGCAGUUCUGUUAUUAGCUUUCGUAUGUGCUGUGUUCCGGAAAUGUUUUCGUUUGAAUAAAUCCAAGAUUGACUAAACAUGUUGACUGAGGAAAUUAUUGUCUAAGUCAUCUGUUAUUGACAAUUUCAACAAAAUAGGCGAUUUGAUCUGGGAAGCAUGGAUCUGUAUUAUUAAUUUGAUAGCAAAACUCAAGAAGUAAUAGAUUUUGUUGGGUUUCAUUAAAACUUCUUGAACCAAAGCAAGUAAUAGAAUCGAUUAUUUGGUGAUAUGCCUGCCUUCAGCGAAAGUUUAAAUUUUAAUAUGCAAAUAACCACAACUCAAAAA